UUAAAAAAGUUGCCAACGGCCUUAUGACUGUCAGCUAAGAAAUUUUGUUAUUUCUAAAACUGGGGUUUUAGCCCACUCUAAAAUGGAAAUUAAAAACAGUGCCAGUGUCUUGAGGCUGUACUGGGGAAUGAAAGAGUUGAUACCAUGAAGCAUUUGUAACUCUGUCUGGUAUGGCAGUCGAAUGAUAGCAGCUGUCGUUAAUAUUAAAUAGACACAUUUGCUCAUAAUUGUUAAAUACAACCUAUCACGUCAUCUCACCUGUCUUCCCAUCUAUCUUUCCUAUGCUGUUUAAAACUCUAGUUCCUCUCUAGUCACAUUAAAAAGACAAAACAAAACAAAACAAAAAAACAAUGCUAUGGAAAAUUCACCAACUCGUAGCUAAUUUAAAUUCUCCAGAUAGGGCCGGGUGGUGGUGGUGCACGCCUUUAAUCCCAGCACUCAGGAGGCAGAGAUCUCUGUGAGUUCGAGGCCCGUCUGGGCUACAGAGUGAGUUCCAGGAAAGGAGCAAAGCUACACAGAGAAACCCUGUCUCGAAAAACAAAACAAAACAAAACAAAAUCCAGAUGGCUGGGAGGGACAGACAGAGAACAUUCUUCCACUUAGAGUGUUUGUGUUUCCUUUUUGAGCCACCAGGUGGCACAUUAUACCUGCUUCACAGCUGCUCAUGUUAAUAUUAAGACACUGGUAUUACCCUUUCAGUUACAUAAUACAACUUCCAGUGGCCCUGGUGGUUUCUCUUUUCUGAAUGUAGAUUCCCAUUGAUAUUCAUGGGGGGAUUGGUUCCAGGAAUCCUUCUAUUUAAAAUUGGGCACAUGCUGAAGUCUCUGACAUGGUCGAUAGUACUUUCAGUAAUGAUCCACUCACAUCUUUCUGUCUGCAUUCACUCUAUCUAUAGGUUGCUUAUGAUAUUGUAUACAGUGUGACUGCUACUGAAAUACGUUACAGAUGGAAUGUGGGGGACGAUAUUCAGUGUGAGACAUUUGCAUUGCAGCUGUCGUGAAGGGGUGCCGUCUCGUCACACGGUCACUCAGGAGCCGGACCUUAGAUGCGGAAGUUGACGUGUUAUGCUCCGUCCUCUACAGCAAUCAAAACAGAUUGGGCCACCACAAGCCCCAUUUGGCUCUCCGACAGGUAGAACAGUGCUUAAAGCGUUUGAAAAACAUGAAUUUGGAGGGCUCAAUUGAAGACUUGUCGCAGUUGUUGUCUGCCAAUGAAACUCAGCCUGGAGUUACAGAAAGCCACGCCGUCCCCAGCCAGCCGGUGGUGGAGGUGGUGCUGAUGAAGGUUUUGGGAGGCUGCAAGUUGUUACUGCGCAUGUUGGACUGCUGCUGCAAGGCAUUCCGAUUGACCGUGAAGCAUUUGGUACUGCAGGAAUUCAUUAUUUUGAACCUGGUGAUGAUUGGGCUGGUGAGCAGGUUAUGGGUUCUCCAUAAGGGACUUUUAAGGAGGCUGAUUUCCUUAUAUGAGCCACUGUUUGGAUUGCUUCAGGAGGUCUCCAGGAUUCAGCCCAUGCCUUACUUCAAAGACUUUGCCUUUCCCUCUGAUAUUACCGACUUUCUGGGGCCACCUUACACUGAACUCUUUAAGGGAAAAACGCCGGCACCUGUUGCCACUAAAGGAGUAACUAAGUUGCUAAAUAAACUGUUUUUAAUGAAAGAACAACUACCAAAGAUCAAUGAAGACACUUUAGAUAGAAUUUCCAAAACAUCUGAACAAAUAAAGAGCAAUCUACAAGGAAGUGUGGACCUGGGACAGCCAGUGAAAACGAGUAAAAAGACCAGGAACCAAAAGCCAUCGGGAUUGGACGUGCGGGCUUUGUGCACAAGGCUGCGAAACAAGGCUGCUCAGGAGACCAGCCUUGAGUUGAAAUGCUCUCAAUCCAGAUUUAAGACAAGCAAACUUUCCUCUCAAAAGCUGACAAGAACUUCCCGGGCUGCUCACAAUAUUGUGCAGAGAAUCCGGGUGACCAAGACUUUCACCCAGCUUUCUGAAGAAAUCCAAAUGGCAGUCGUGUGGUGCCGGAGCAAAAAGCUCAAGGCUCAGGCCACCUAUCUGGGCAGCAAACUUCUUAAGAGUAACAGGCUUAGACAUGUGGAAGCUCAGGGUUAUAGUUUACCAAAGAAGCUACAGUGCAUGAAAACAUCUCUUUGCAACCGCCUUCUUCGCGGCUCCAUUGCCAGCACUUCAAAGUGUCCUUCCAGACAAAGAUCAAAGCAUAAAGUUUUAUCGAGACAAAGGAAACCGCAGAGAAAGUUGCAGUCAACUCUUUUAAAGGAAACCCAGCAGGUCCCUGAAGGGACUCUGAAGAGCACAGGGGGCAGCAGUGCUAAGUGGAGCCGCUCAGAUGGGACAGUUCCGAGGACAGAUGUCUGUCCUAACAGAAAGCAGGUCUCGAGAAGGCUUUCAAAGCCUGUCCGAAAAACAAAGGAGCCGGGGAUCCACAGGAAUCUCACAGCAGGCGGUGGAAAUGAAACUGGUUUGCGGACAAAGAGACAAACACACACACACAGUGUACCAGCAGCUGCUAAAGAGGCAGAUGACAUUGAUGAUAUUUUUGCUUUGAUGGGAGUGUAGAUGUACGUAUGUGAAACUGAGCAGUUAACAAGCUGGUUCGGGCUUCUGCUGUCUUCAGUGGUACUGCUGAGAGCUGGAAACACUGCUUGGGCCAGGAGCUGCUUCUGUGCGACAAUCCAGAGUGCACGCCAGUUCAAUAAACGUUUACAGCAGCA